ACUUCAACACCGAAAGCAACAGCAUAACAUGUUGUCUCAUGGCAUCUGGCUAGGAAUCCCUCCCUCCUGAGCGCCUUCAGAAGCGUCGAGUCUCCCCUGACCAAUGUCGCGACUCCAACCACGUUCCAAGUCGUUAGCAACUUCGAACGUCUCUUCACAGUCCGCGUCUGCCAUUAGCAGAGAACCUCAGUCGCGACCUGCAACUCCCAUCACACGUCGAAGUACCCGUCCGCCAAAUUCUGAUCCGCUGUCAGAGCGUGCGACUCUAUUUCUUAUCCGACGGACACUGUGCUCACAGCUCGGUGAGAAGGGUCGCAGUACACCAACACCUAUCGAUGCUCUGCUCCCGCCGUUGACGAGUAGCAAUGAAGUCGAUUUGCAGCUAUAUGCCUACAUUUCAAUUAUCAUCAGAGACUUCGUGCAGACAUGGUACGGAAAGAUCACCCCGGACCAGACAUUUGUGGAAGAGGUAUUGAGGAUCAUCGCACAUUGCACUAGAGCAUUGGAGCAGAGAUUGAGAAAGGUUGAUCUCGAGAGCUUGCUAUUCGACGAAGUACCUGAACUAUUAAAAGCACAUGUUGAAGCAUAUCGCAUUUCUCACAGCAAAUUACACCCACCACCUUUUGAACAAGAUCCCAGGCAAAUCUACCACUCCCUAUGGCCUUUCCCGCCUUUGUCCACGAUCCCUGGAAACGAGGACCAAGCUACGAAGCUGCAACAAGAAAAUGAGUCCGCAUACAGACAGUUGCUAGUGCAAGGAGUCUUAGCGGUUUUGCUUCCUACAGAAGAUCUAGAAAAUGAAUGUCUGACAGCCCUUGUGGGGCAGGUAUUUUCAGACAUGAUCAUAGGAGGUAGCAUCGGCGGAAAGGUUUCCGAGCCAUGGAUGUUGUUGGAUGGCAUCACAAAAAUUGCAGAAGCAAUCAAAGCCCAGCUCCCGAAAUCAAAGGCUCAAGUCCGAGUUGAGAGGUCCAAUUCCAACCUCAUGGGCAUGAGCCCAACUCAUCUGAAUAGUCUGAAUGGAGGAAAUACGAGAGUAUGGCGGAUCAAACGAUCACUUCAAAAGACGUUUUGGCUCAUCCUUCAAUAUGGAUUUCUCGCGUUCACAGCGGUUCGGUUUUUUAUUGUCACUUUUGCCACGGCAUCCUCCCUUCCUUCUCGUAUAGGAAAUACGACGAAAACCAUUAAUGCGGCACUAUCGAAAGAUGGAGUCGAGGCGGGAGGAGACAUGUCAAACACUGAGACUGGAUUAAAUUCUAGUCAACACACGACGUCCAAACAACCCAUCAUGAAGAUGAAGAUUUGGUCCUGUGCCUCAAGUCUGCUGGAUCUAGACGUACGCAUGCCGUGGCUGAGCGCCACAAUAUCUCUUCUGCAAUGGGUCGCAAUUACCGGGCCUGGGGAAAUCGGGAACACGGACGGGAUGGUUGACAAGUGAGUGAUGACUUUCUGAAACUCGUCCAAACACCUUUCAUUCCAUGUCCUGGCGCCUAACAGCUAUGUCACACCGCAUGAGCGUACGGUCACUUGACCUGGAUUGUCCCAGUCAUAGUCGAGAACACGAUAUUUCCUCGUUCUGGAAGUCCAGGCGUCCCUAUCUUCCGUUAUCGCUUUGCAUAACAGGCCUGUCUCGAGGUGUUGAAACGGGAAGGCGGUUAUGGCUGUCGAA